AUGGAAAAUUCAAGACCCGCCACCAAACUCGCCCAGUCGCUGCUAAAAGGGCAUCCCGCGUCGCUCUGCGAUGCGGCGCAGACCGGGAAUAUCGAUCUGGUUCACCACCUCCUCGCUGCGGGGGCCGAUGCCAACGUCCAAGGUGGCCCAUAUGGAAAUCCAUUGCAGGCUGCCGCGUGGAAGGGAAGCGGCGAGAUCGUUGCGCUUUUGAUUCACCGUGGCGCGGCUGUAUAUGCCCAAGGUGACAUUUUGGAUGUGCUCUACAAGCAGCCGCGCAUAGUGGCUCUUCCGACAUUAUUCGGUACUUGA